CUUAUAAAUGACUGAGGACUCUUUGGUGUCAGUAACCUGAAUAGACAUAGCCUCCCAUCGUCGUACCCCCAGGAGCCCAGUCUGGUUGCACGUCACUUAUAACCUCAGAGGAUAGGUUUGAUAUACCUCUUUCUGGCAAUCACUGUCAGCUUCAAAUAGCCUUCUUGACCGUCCGACUGGAAAUCGACAACAAUAAUACAACAACAUCGAUAGUGAUUAGUAACCGGAAGUUCAAGCUCUAUAACAACAUAAUCAGGAAUAUAACAACAUUAACAAGAAAGUAAACAGUCAUUACAAGAUAGGGAUCAAAGAACAGAUCCCUAUUUCCAAUAUGUCGAACAAGACUCUCCCACAAGAGGAGGACCACGAGCUUUCCAUCUUACCGGCUAUACCUCGCGAAGCUAUCAACAACACCACCCAUCUAGAGACGGAACAAGAUAUCAAGGCCUCCCUCUCGGCUCACCCGGUACCGACGUUAUCGAGACGACCUACCAACGGGUCUGGGGUUACCAGUACCUCGUUCUCGAGCAGAAAUCUCGAGUCGAGCGUGAAUGCGCCUGUAGUCCCGCGUGCCCCGACGGGGAUUAGGAAGGUCGGGUUCGUACUCGUCCGGCACCUCAAGUUUGUCGGACCGGGAUUGGUCAGUAGCGUAGCUUAUUUCGAUCCAGGAAAUUGGACAGUCGAUUUACAAGCAGGAUCCGAAUUCGGGUAUAAGCUCCUAUUCGUCAUCCUCCUAGCUGGACUCGGCGCAGCUCUCCUCCAAGUCCUCUCCCUCCGCCUGGGGAUAGCCACCUCGAAAUCCCUCCCAGCGCAAAUAAGAGCACUCUUUCUCCGUAUGAGGGAUCAUCCGAAGGUUUCCCCGUACAAGUGGAGGAGGAAUUUGGUCAUGGGAGGACUCUAUGUCCUUUAUGGAUUGGCAGAGGUGGCUAUUAUCGCUACGGAUCUGGCGGAGUUGUUGGGGAGCGCUAUUGCGCUGAAUCUUAUCUUCCCGAAAUUGCCUCUGUAUGCAGGAGUGCUCUUGACGGCUGUGGACGUCCUCGUCGUACUGGCCUUCUUCCAAAGGCCCGAAAGAGGUAGAAAGGGAAUGAUGGCUUUUGAGAUCCUGAUCGUCUGCCUCGUCUUGUGUGUGUUUGUCUGCUUUAUCAUCUUGUUGGUCCAGAUAAAACCACAGUGGGGCGAUGUGUUUUACGGUUACGUCCCGUCGAGCACGAUCGUACAAUCGGACGCCUUGUAUGUGGCGGUUGGGAUCAUCGGAGCCACGGUCAUGCCACACGGGCUCUUCCUUGGCUCGCAUCUCGCUACGGUAGAUCGGCUGGAUACAGCUCCGGUUCCUCCUCAAGAUCGAGCCGAAAAAGAAGGCCUUAUCACCGUAUUCAACCGGAUUCGCGCCAACGGCCUUCCUAAACAAGACUGGUCUUCUGUUUUGCCUGCGAAAUGGAUGCAACGUCAGGUCAACUCGACUCCGCCCAUGGAGGCCGAGACUGAUACGGAUGACAGGGAGCUGACUAAGGAGGAACAAGAAGCCGAAGCCAAGUGGGAGAAUGAGAGGGUGCGGUAUGAAGCCGAAAUCAAGGCGUUUGACCGGGUCAAAUACGUCACGGUAUCGAUCGCGCAUUCUACGAUCGACACGACGCUUUCGCUUCUCGGAUUCGCUGUGACUAUCAACAGCGCCAUCUUGAUCCUCGCCUCGGCAGCCUUCUUCUACGGCGGAAAUGAAGCGAUCCGACAAGCUGGAGCGGAUGCCGAUCUGUUCUCCGCUCAUGAUCUGAUUAAACAGCAGAUCAGUAAAGCUGCCGCUUUCAUCUUCGCGUUGGCUCUACUUUGCUCUGGUCAAAGCGCAUCGAUUACCGCUACUCUUGCUGGUGUCGUCGUCAGUGAGGGAUUCAUUGAAUGGAAAACCAGCCCCAUCGUCCGACGAAUUAUCACAAGAGCGAUCUCGAUCAUUCCCAGUGUUAUCGUUGCGGUGGCGGUCGGCCGAUCCGGAGUCAAUCAACUCUUGGUCGCAUCUCAAGUCUGCCUCAGUGUCGUCUUGCCAUUCGUCGUCUUCCCGCUCGUUUGGAUAUGCGCGGACAAGAACGUCAUGACGGUCCGAAACUCGCCCACCGACGCUUCGGAGCAUGAAAGCAGGUCGACUCGAAGUCGGCAAUUGGGUCUGGGCCGGAACGACGAUGUCGAUCCCGAGUCGUCGGCGUUGGCCAUCGAUGAUGCAGCUGCGGCUGGCUUGCAAGAGACGCAGGACGUGCAGCGGUCGAUAGGCGAAGUCCAGGCGGCUUCCGUUUCAGAUGGUCAACCGCCCAAGAGCAAAUCGUUUACGUCUCAUUGGAUCGUUACGGUCCUAGGUUAUGCGCUAUUUGCUGUCGUAACAGUCGCGAAUUGUUAUGUCUUGCUGAUGUUGAUGAUGGGCAAGUAAGUGUACCCAGCCUCUAGUAACGUCGCUCAGCUGGCUUUGAACGAAAAAGAACCCUUCUCCACCUAGCAAGGAACAAUUUCUUGUAAAAUACGAUUUGUAAAUUGAUAGCAUAGCAUAGGAAUUCAUACUGUAUGGUGCAGUCAUAUUUGGGAAAUCUCAGCUCGUAGGCGUGGCCUUCUAUGGAAUCGGUCACAGGAGUAACUAUAUUGCGG